AUGUCAUACUCCCGCUGCAGCAUCGCCGAUAACGACGUCACCUACCGGCCAAUGAGCAGUCUCUUUACCCUGGAGCUGCCUUACAAGCCUCCGAGCUCGCCUCUGGGACGCAUGCUCUGGCGAUGGCGGAUGUGGGUCGAAAUUACCCUCGGCGCCAGUGUGCUCUCGCCCGGAGAGAAGAUCGCGUUCAUGAUGGUCUGGGCGCUUAUCCUCUCGCUCCUUGCGUACGCCGCAGUGGUGAUCAUUCCCGCCGCGCUCAUCGCCGCUCAUGCACGCACACUAUUCUACGUCUUCGGCGAGGUCGGAUCGCAGAGGCUUCAGGUGCUGCACAAGCCCGUCGCGGGAUGGGUGCACGCCAUUGCAGUCGCAUCCCAAGGUGUCGUCGCACGCGCACAUAACGCGACAGCGACCGCCGGGCUCUAA